AUGACGGUCAUCGUUGAUAAUAUAAACUUGUCAGUCCGUGUGUCGCUGACAGUAUUAAGAUUAGUCGGCUUCUGGGCGCCUGAGGGACUGACUGAGCGAGGAAAAUGGUGGUACAAUGCCUAUGGUUUUUUCUGCUUUAUGUUUCUUUUGGGCACAUAUAUUAUAAUACAAGUUGUGGAUUUAUUCUUGAUCUGGGGCAACCUACCGUUGAUGACGGAGACGGCUUUUGUGCUGUUCACAAAUCUAGCGCAGGUGGUUAAGUUCGUCAACCUGGCGGUGAGAGAGAAGAUGGUACGGCAGAUCAUUAAUGAUGCAGAUCAGAUUCUACGAAAAGAGAAUACAGAAGAAGGAAAAGAUAUUGUGAAGCAAUGCAAUCGUGAGACUGCGGUAUUGCAGUUCUUUUAUAUGGGCAUAACACUUGUGACGAUGAUCGGCUGGGCAUUCAGUGCUGAGAAGAACAAGCUUCCUCUCCGUGCUUGGUACCCAUACGACACCCGUCAGUCUCCGGCGUACGAAUUGACGUACUUGCAUCAGGUGGUGGCUCUGUGCGUUGCGGCCAACCUGAACGUGGGCAAGGAUUCGUUGGUGACCACGUUGCUCGCCCAAUGUCGUUGCCGUCUUCGUCUCCUGGCACUCACCUUGAGGAGUUUGAGCCAUGAUUUGGAUGUUAAAGGAGAUCGUCUUACAGUUAAGCAAGAGGCGGUUGUGACAGCUAGACUACGUGAUUGCGUUCUGCGUCACCAGGCGGCGCUGCAUGCAGCGGUACAACUGCAGACCUGCUUCUCGGAGCCGACCUUCGCGCAGUUCACGGUGUCCCUCGUCAUCAUUUGCGUUACAGCUUUCCAGCUAGUCUCUCAAGUUGGCAACGUGGUACGUUUUUUGUCUAUGGGGACGUAUCUACUGAAUAUGAUGUUCCAGGUCUUCGUCUACUGCUACCAGGGGAACCAAUUGUCUGAAGAGAGUGUAGGAGUUUGUGAGUCUGCAUACGCCGCUCCGUGGCACACUUUCAGCACACCGCUGCGUCGCUCCCUGCUCGUGGUGAUGUCGCGCAGCCGCCGCGCCGUUCGCAUCUCCGCUGGGGGAUUCACCGCGCUUUCACUCGCUUCGUUCACGUCUAUAAUCAAGGCGUCGUACUCUUUAUUCACAUUGCUGCAGCAAGUUGAAGAAAAAAAGUAG